CUCGAGUGCAGACUGUGCUGGGCGCGCGUGCACUUAUAACUGCGCUUGUCGUCGCAUAAUCUCUUAAAAGACAUCGUUGUGCUAGCUCGCACCUUUUUUCGGCGCGUCGAUUGGCUCCGCAGAGCGCUACCUAAGGAGAGCACUGCCCUACACGCCAUCGAUGCGGCUCCCGCGGCGCGCAUUGCUGGCAAGCAUGGCCUCCACAAUGACAACACCCACAAGAGCCCUCGUGGUCGACAGCCACCUCCACGUCUGGAGCAGCACUUCCAAAUUUGCGCCGGGCAAGGAGCCUCCCGCGAAUUUGGGAGAUUCGGUGGCCUCCGCCGAAGCGUUCGCCGCGGCCUGCAAAGAGUCGGGCGUGGACCGCGCGCUGAUCGUGCAGCCGAUCAAUUAUCUCUUCGACCACACUUACGUCAGUGACGCAGAGUAGAAAAUGAACUUGCGGCGAUGGCGUCUUCUUGAGACCACGCCGCCUCGACGCCAUCGACGUGGCCGCGAGAGAGUCUAGGCAUCUUUCCACGCAGGUGGCGGGCGUCCUCACGGACAACAAAGACAAAUACCGAGGCAUGGCCCUCGCGGACCCCUCACAACCAGCGAAGGCCGCGGCGGAGGCGCUCCGCGCGGCCUGCGCCACGGCACCAAACCUGUGGACGGGCGUGCGCUUCAACCCCUACCUCUGGCCCGAGUCUGCCAGAGGCGGCGCCUGGCUCGCCGACGACGUGGGCACGAGUCUGGCGGACGUGUGUGCGGAGCUGAAAUUACCGAUCGGCGUCAUGGCUUUUGGUGGAUUUUCACCUCUCGUGCCGUCCAUCGAAGCGCUAUGUGCGAGAGGCGACGUGGACGUCGUGAUCGACCACUGGGGCUUCCCGCGGGCGGAGCCAGGGGGCGCGCCGUCGUCUGCUCUGAAAUUCGACGACGCGGCGUUCGCGGUCCGUGACUCAGCGUGGGAAUUGGACUUCAAGUGACGACGCGGCCGCAUGAGAGUCUACGCGUCUCGCGACGUGUCCGUUUUACACAGGAGCUCUGCGCGCUCGGCCGCAAGCACAAGAACUUGCACCUCAAGCUCUCGGCGCACUUCCGCGUGUCUUCGCAAGAAGCACCUCAUUCCGAUCUGCAGCCGCGCUUCGACGCCGCCGUAGACGCGUUCGGCGCGGACCGGCUCAUGUGGGGUUCGGACUUUCCCUUCGUGCAGCUGAACGGCGGCCAGAAAGCGUCGCUCGAGGCCGUCCGGGGCUUCUCGCGAAAUCUACCCAAGGCGGCGCAGGACGCCUUAUUGGGAGGGACGGCGCGGCGGCUCUUCCGGCUGCCCUAAGUAGC